CACCGUCCACUCCCUUCAGUCAUCUUGUACUCUCUCUCUCUCUCUCUCUAUAAAAGCAAACCCACCACAGCCAAAAAACUAUUCCUCUCUCUUACAGCCUUUUCAGUCACCAUGGCUGACCCCUACUCAAAUUUCUUCUCAGGCCUCUUCAAAUUCAACCCUCUGAUCCAUCAAUAUUACCCACCGUCAAACCCUCCUCCACACCCUUCCUAUGCUCACAACUUCUUCAACCAAAACCUUAACUCUUUCCCUUACCAAACUCCACCUCCCUCUCCUCCUCUCAGGGAAGCUCUCCCUCUUUUAAGCUUAAGCCCCACAAGACAAGAACAAGAACAAGAACAACAAGACCAACAACAAAAACAAGAAGAAGAAGAAGAGGAACUACUAGUUGAUAAAGAACAGUAUUGCACUGCCAUGGAUGUGGACAAGAUCACCAAACACACAGAUGAAGAAGAAGAAGAUGAGGCUGUCACUGUUGCACUCCACAUAGGGCUACCAAGCCCUAGUGCUGCUGAGAUGGCUUCCAUGCUCUCUGCUUCUUCCUCAGAGAUCAAUGAUAAAGAUCAUGGAGAUGGAGAUGAUUCUGGCUACUCCAUCAACAGGCUCAACAAGGGUCAAUAUUGGAUCCCUACCCCUUCUCAGAUUCUCAUUGGCCCCACACAAUUUUCAUGUCCUGUUUGCUGCAAGACCUUCAACAGAUACAACAACAUGCAGAUGCAUAUGUGGGGGCAUGGAUCUCAGUAUAGAAAAGGGCCUGAAUCUCUGAGGGGCACCCAACCAACAGGGAUGCUUAGGCUUCCUUGUUAUUGUUGUGCACCGGGGUGCAGGAAUAACAUUGAUCACCCAAGAGCAAAGCCGCUUAAAGAUUUCAGAACUCUUCAGACGCAUUACAAGAGGAAGCAUGGAAUUAAGCCAUUCAUGUGCAGAAAAUGUGGCAAGGCUUUCGCGGUGAGGGGGGAUUGGAGAACCCAUGAGAAGAACUGUGGGAAGCUUUGGUAUUGCAUUUGUGGGUCUGAUUUUAAGCACAAGAGAUCUCUUAAAGACCAUAUAAAGGCUUUUGGAAGUGGCCAUGCAGCAUAUGGCAUCAAUGGGUUUGAAGAAGAAGAUGAACCGGCAUCCGAAGUAGAGCAGGAUAAUGAGUCCAUGCAGUAGUGAAAUCAAAGAAAUGGGGCAUUAGUACUUGUCAAUCAUUUGAGCUUAUGAGCUCAUUGCCAUGAAUAUAGCCAUGGCUCUUAGUAAAACUAAAUUAUAAAGUUCAAUUUACUUAAAGACCCAACUUUUGUUUC